AUGAACGCCGAACGCUCUCAGAACGUUUUCUUACCUCUGACACGUUUACGCUCCCAAGCCUAUGGCCAACUCACAGUGACCAAGCGCGCGCGAGCGUUGUCUGCUACAGUGUCUGACACCAUCAUCUCGAUUCUGAACGAUAGUAGCUGGUCUUGCGCGGAGCCGGAUAGCCUCAAGAUGUUAUGCGACGCCAUCAUCGACCAUGACUACAAGGGCCCGAUCGACACAGUUGAGUUUCAAGGCUCGCCAGGCGAUCACGAGCGUGAGCUCGUCAUUGCGUGGGAAGCAGUUCCACGCACAUGCCGUGUGCGGCCGCUUGCUGCGCACGCUGCGCACUUCUGGAUUCGCGCCGACGUCGAGCAUCGCGUUAUUGCUUUGGCCCUCUUCUUAUUGUGGUUCCGACAUGUGUACGGCGCCCAUCCGCGGGUCAACGGUUUCGGAGUGGACCGUGUGGGCUUCAUCAUUUUGAACCAUGGCAUAGCUGGGGUCAUUCUGUGCGACCACACCAUCGAUCCUUCAUCUGGCAUCCGCUUCUAUGGUAUGGGACCUCCUCGUGCAAUCUGCGUAGGUCGACGGGUCUACAAUGCAUGCUCGGCUGAUCAAGACGUAUCCGAGACGGACCUGAACUCGUCCGUAAAGUUUAUGACGACCUACUCUAAGAUCCUUGGGUACCAGCGCGCAGAGCCUAUUAGGACGGUGGAGGAGCAAGUCUUGACAGACUUCACCGCGAACCGUUUUGAUGUCCAUCUUGCUUAUCUGAUGGAAACCUUCAACGGAACCAUCCUUCCCGUCUCAGCUGGCGGUGAUAUUCUUCGCGCUCUUCGCAGGAUGGACCCCUCUCCCUGCCACUACGCCGAAAAUGUGGGUUGUCUGGCACAGGUGAUCACCGGGCACCAGGUCUCUGGCGGCUCACGUCAACCAGUAUUGCCGGUGGUGGACCUAUUCGGACCGCCUCAAGAGGGGGAUCUACUGCUGGCGUGGCGAAACAUCCCGACUGUAGGCCAUUGGCGCCCACUGUCCGCAAAUGUCGGUACAUUUUACAUUCGCACGACGACGUCAAACCGACCUCUCACGUUGGCAAGCUUUUUGCUCUGGUUUCGGAGAGUAUACUGCACUCGUGUGCCUGCUCACCGUGAAGGCAUUGUAAGGAUCACAUUUCGGUUCGUGGACCAUGGCAUCACAGGCGCUCUCUAUUGCGAUGACGCUGUGGAUACGUCCAUGAGUCUCCGCGGUCACGGUCUAUACGAUGCCCGGGUGGUUGAGCUUGGCGGACGUUUAUAUGUAACAGCGUCGUCAUCCCCCAAAUCGUCGAACGAGCAGUUGGCUACGUGGCUCUGCUUCGCUCGACGCAUGCUGGCUGAAACUCAUGUCACAUCAAGGACUAAAAUCUCCACACGCC